UGCUGACUUGAUGAACAUGUAUAAAUAUGUUGAGCUGGGAGAUAUGUUUUAGGACAUGGGAUAAGUAAUUACAAGUUCAUUGAAAAUGAAGGACUUUGUUAUACUAAGCUUUCUUCUGGCUACAGAUCUUCUCUUCUUUCCUUGUUCAAUUACCGCUCGAGAAUUAACUACAGAAGGAGAGACACCUAAAGAGCUAAUUACUGAAAGACCACCGUAUAGCAGUAUGAAGCCUUACAUUCCUCGUUGUCUUCGCCAUAGUAAGUUCUGCAGACCCUCGUCACCUCCGCCACCAUCUCCGCCGCCACCAUCUCCGCCGCCACCACCUCUUUGUCAAUUACCACCAUCUCCUGCUCCACCACCACCACCCAAAUUUCAUCGUAAGAAACGCCGCCACGUACGCGGGUGCCCUCCUCCUGAAGGCCCUUAAAAUUAAUUAGAAACAAAUUGGUAGUAAUAAAAUACUACGUACGGUAUAAGCUCCUGUGUCUUGAUUUAGAUGUUAACGUAUGUACAACUGGUAUUAAGAAUAAAGGGGUGAAUCAAAUGAAUAAACAAGUGAUAAUGUUUGCUUUCGUACACUAGCAAGCAUGUAUUUCUACUAUUUUAUUUUUUAAUAAGGAAACUGAUAAUGUUAAUUGA